AGCAUUUCACCCACGCAGCAGUCACUUCGUCGAAUCCCAUGCCAAAGUGAUAAACCCGGAAAGCCCGAUAGCUCCUGACGUAAACGUUUUUCACUGCUUUUGGGGCGGAGCUUGGCGACAGUGAAUGUGUGGUCGGGUGCAGGAGCCAGCCGAGCGUGUUUUGUAAAGUGUCGUUUGUUGCGCUGCCUCGGCUAGGAAGAUGAAGCGACAUCGUUAGCAUCAUGAAAGGUGGUAUCACCAUCUGCUUUCAGUCGGUUGGAGUUUAGCAUUACUUCUAAAAAGUUUGUCCCCGUUCCGAUCUUCCUGCUGGCCUGGGAUGGAAUGUUACACAUUUGAUGGUCGUUGUCGUUGUCCCUGGAGCGCCGCCGCCACCAGCCACGACCGGAGCGCAGACAACGGUCCCGUCCGACGGCAACAUGCGGGAAAAGAUUCCUAAAGUGCCCACCGGCUGCAACUAGCCCACGCUGGCAUUCCAACACAGCAGCAGCAGCAGCAGCAAGUAAAACACGGCCUCUCAUCCCAGCCAACUCUGGGCCUCGAAAAAGAGCAAAAACAUUCACACACCAAGGCCCAACACCACCACGCAGUCAGCAAAUUCGCACGCGUUCGAUGAGUGGCGGACAGAUGCAGACGGCGGUGGGGUGAUGAAAGUGAUUAAUCACCGGCGAGUGCCAAAAGCGGAGGUGCUUCGCGGACGGGACGUGGACGCAUCCACGGCGUAAGAAUCGCUCGGACACUUGAAGGUUUUUCGGUUUCGUUACUGCGUUUUGAGGUUGAAGGUGUUUUUUUAUUCUUCUGUUUUUUGGACGAAGCCGAAUAGCAGUGUGAGUGGGCGUGAGUGUGUGCAAGGAAGGAAAUAUUACAAGCCUUAAGGGCAGUGGAAAGUACCAUCAUUGCAGCAAGUGCUCGAAGGACGUACUCAAUAGCUUGCGGGUAAUUGGUAGCUUCGGGGAAGUUUUCAGAGUUCCAACGCCUAAAGUACUAACGCCGAGGCACUUGUGACGAUUAAAUGUUUUCGUAGAAUUGUGAGAAAGAGAGAGAGUGUGUCAGUGCGUGUGUGUGCGAGGGAGGCAAUUCAAGAAGUCUGAAUAGUAUAGGUCGCAUUUGGAGUGUGUAUGACUUCCGGUUAACUGGAAGCUUCCCAAGGAGUGGAAAGCUUUGAAAAGCUUUACCAAAAAAAGUUCAGAAAUUUUUUGUGGUGGUCGCAGAAGCGUACCUCUUCCCAUAUCCUUCAUAUCCAACAGUGAGAGUGUGUGGAAGCCAGGACCUUCGGGAGGUUUCCGUCCCGACCACCAAGCCAGCCCACCCCAACACUCGCCGGCAGGUAGUUUGCGCACUUGGAGGAUCAUUGAAAAAUUCCACCGAAUAGUAUGGCUUCGGUCGCCGCUUGGUUGCCAUUCGCACGGGCGGCGGCCAUCGGCUGGGUGCCGAUCGCGUCCCAUCCGCUGCCGGCCCCGCCCGUCUUCAAGGACCGGCUGCGGUCGGAGGACGAGAAGCUCAUCAUCAACGUGUCCGGCCGGCGGUUCGAAACCUGGCGCACGACCGUCGAGAAGUACCCGGACACACUGCUCGGCUCGAACGAGCGCGACUUCUUCUACGAUGAGGACAGCAAGGAGUACUUCUUCGACCGCGAUCCGGACAUCUUCCGCCACAUCCUCAACUACUAUCGCACCGGCAAGCUGCACUACCCGCGGCACGAGUGUCUGCUCAGCUACGAUGAGGAGCUGGCCUUUUUCGGCAUCAUGCCGGACGUGAUUGGCGACUGCUGCUACGAGGACUACCGCGACCGGAAGCGCGAAAAUGCGGAACGGCUGAUGGACGACAAGCUGUCGGAGAACAGCGACAACAACCUGCAGCAGCUGACCAACAUCAGACAACGGAUGUGGCGCGCCUUCGAGAAUCCGCAUACUUCCACUGCCGCGCUCGUGUUCUACUACGUCACGGGCUUCUUCAUUGCUGUAUCUGUGAUGGCGAACGUCGUCGAGACGGUACCGUGCGGGGUGCGGCCGGGCCGCGCCGGCACACUGUCGUGCGGCGAGCGCUACAAAAUCGUCUUCUUCUGUCUGGACACGGCCUGCGUGAUGAUCUUUACCGCCGAGUAUCUGCUGCGAUUGUUCGCCGCCCCGUGCCGGUGCAAGUUCGUGCGCAGCGUGAUGAGCAUCAUCGAUGUGGUCGCCAUUCUGCCGUACUACAUCGGGCUCGGCAUCACGGACAAUGACGACGUGUCCGGGGCGUUCGUGACGCUGCGCGUGUUUCGCGUCUUCCGUAUCUUCAAGUUCUCGCGCCACUCGCAGGGUUUGCGCAUCCUCGGCUACACGCUCAAGUCGUGCGCGUCCGAGCUGGGCUUUCUGGUGUUCUCGCUCGCGAUGGCCAUCAUCAUCUUUGCCACGGUCAUGUUCUACGCGGAGAAGAACGUGGACGGCACCAACUUUACCUCGAUUCCGGCCGCGUUCUGGUACACGAUCGUCACCAUGACCACGCUCGGCUACGGUGACAUGGUGCCGGAAACGAUUGCCGGCAAGAUCGUCGGUGGCGUUUGCUCGCUGAGCGGUGUGCUGGUCAUCGCGCUACCUGUACCUGUAAUCGUGUCCAACUUCAGCCGCAUCUACCACCAGAACCAGCGGGCGGACAAGCGGAAAGCACAGCGGAAAGCACGCCUUGCCCGAAUACGAAUAGCGAAAGCGGGCGCCAGUGCGGCGUUCGCGAGCAAGAAGAAGGCGGCCGAGUCGCGCCUAGCGGCGCAGGAGUCUGGCAUUGAACUGGACGACAACUACAACGACGAAGACAUCUUCGAGCUACAGCACCAUCAUCUGUUGCGAUGCUUGGAGAAGACUACGGACCGGGAGUUUGUCGAGCUAGAGACGCAGUACAACGGGCAGACGAAGCGGCCAGGAUCGCCCUCACCGAUGGCCAGCCCGUCGCACUCGGCCAACACGGCGACCGGAGCUACCGGAUUGCUCCAGUCCUGCUGCGGACGGUGCUGCUCGCAGCGAUAUCAGGAAAACCGGGAGUCUGGAAGGAACUCCUUCGAGGACACGGGCGACGAAUUGGAAGAGGCUGUUGGAAGCAAUGGGGACUGUGAGCGUACGGGCACCAGUGCAGCCAAGUAAUGAACCAUAAAAUAAUGAUCCCUGAUGAACUACACCUCAGCGAAUCAAUGAUGCCAGGAGGACGAUAUUCCGCUACGGGAAAGGAAGAAAUCAUAAUAAACUGCGCGCACCAGCGUAGAGAAUAUCGUUCUGGGUGACUUUUCUCCCCCGAUGGAAAGUGUGGCGUAACGCAAGAUCGUAACAGUAAAUGACGAGCAUAGCACAAGACCUAUGGAACUGCGCGCAAACAACAACAAUGCCCCAAAACACAGAAACGAACGCCACAGGGACGCUGAAGAUCCGGCGAAGGAUGCAGCUUUUCCCUUUUAUCCUGGCUCAUCUUCGGAAUGAAACGGAAAGCGCCAAUAUCACGAAAAGAUGCUGACCAAUUCACCAGCAUUCAAAGCAAAAAAGGGAGAGAACACAGAAAAGUUUAGAAAUUAAUCUUUUAAUGUUAAUUCGAAGUGAUACCACCACCAUGGUCAGAUGCAGGACGUAUCGUGGAUGUCCUGCGAAUGUAUUUUGUUUUCUUCGGGUGGGGUCAUGCGAAUGAUCAUUCAAAAAUAAAACAAAAAGAUGCCCACGAUUUGCAAAAACGACAAAACAAAAAACACUGCUCCAUAGGCCCACCGUGCGGGGAGCGUGCGUUAGCUGUACGGUUAGGAAGGAAGGAAGCAAAACCAAGUGUUAGGCGUGACAACCCCAUCUGCUAGGCAACUACUGUAAGCUGUGGCACUACUUUAUCACAAAUUACUACGUAAAUGUACAGCGUUACUCUAUUUCGCAACUCUAUCUCUUAUCAGACGAAGAUUAAACACACAGGCUAUUUUAUCGAAGCAAAAAACCACACACAUACACACAUAGUUAAGCCAGGCAGCAUCAUAUAGCAAGAGAAAGAGAGAGAGAGAAAGAGCGAGAAGGAUAGAAACUGUCCUGUGUUUUGGUGGUUAAGCUGCAAAACUGUUACUGUUAUAGCGAAGAUCGUAUCGUAUUUUCGGUUGUUUUUUCUAUUUACUACUUAAAAAUGGUUACUACCCCGCAUUAUGACCAGUAAGCCCUGGCUUCAUCCCCGUUACUUCGUGAACUGUUACCUGAAAAUAACCCAACCUGUCCCAGUUUCACUCUUAAUCGUUCUCUCCAUCUCUCUUCCACACCCCCUUUUGAGGAAACGGUAGCAUAGCGAAGUUAGCGAGGGAGCUACUGCAGGAGCAAACGAGGUUAAUGGCAAUGUUCUUCUACUACAACUACUAUUAUCUAUUACUAUUACCGACUAUUACCUAUUAGCUACUUAGGAGAGAAGCGUAGCACAAUGCAUAGUGUGUGGUUUACGCUUACGCGGUGAACAAUUUAGGAUAGCGCGUUCGAUGAAAAGCGAUACUGCGUUAGCUGUUUAACUGUCUCUCGAACCCUGGGGUACGCUACUUCCUGAACUGCACGGAGGUAACUGAACAAAACAACAUUUACUCGAAAAUGGGCAGAACAGAAAGGGAGAACACAUCAUACACACACACAAAAACAAUAUAGCUUUAAACGGAUUACCAAAACAAACAAAAACCCACUCAGAAACCCGAAAAGAUACAUACGAAUAUCCCCUGUCUAAUGAGCCAGAAACAAACUGCAACCACUGACAGCUGCAGAAUUGCAAUAGAAGAGAACAGAACCAGAUUGGUUUUGGUUUGUUAAGCAAAUCACCAUGUUUCCCAGUGCUAGACGUCACAUAUCAAGUGUGAAGAGUUACUGCGGCAGUGACCGCAAUUGAUAGUGGAAGAAAAAGCAUUACUAAAGCAUAAAGACAUGUUGGAAGGAAUUUAGAAACUCAAUGCAAAGGUAAUGCAAUUAUUAAAAGAAGGGGAAACUAGAUUAAAAGAAGAGAAAACUAGGGGAAGCGAUGAUAAAAUGCAAAUAGGUAAUAGUUAAAGAACGCGAGGGGUUAAAGAAUGAAUGCAAAACAGCAUUUAAAUGUUGCGAAAAGUUUCUUUGUUCAUUUCUAUCUGUUCUGUUUCGAUGUUUGGUUAUGUUUUAAACAAAAUUAAAAUACAGAAUACUGUUUAACACUAUUGAGUUGAAGUUGGAUUAUUAUUGCAUUAACCAUCUGAUUUUAUUAUAAAAAACAUAAAAAAGCAAUAUUUUUUUCUUUUUGACUAGGAGAAUGAAAAAAAACACAUCCAUGUUUUUUCUACCCGACAGCAUUCGAUUUUAACUAUUAGUCCUGCACAUAAUCGGGCAGGUGGUGGUAGAUGAUGUAAAUAAGAAUACCAGUCAGACACAAAGCUAACAAAAUGAACCGUAGAUAUACCAAAGCAUAAACAAAUCUCCUAAAAGGAUGCAUGCACCAGACACUGGGCAGGGAGUUUCUUGCCUGACUUGCGGCAGCCUUUUCCUUCCUUUUCGCUCCAUUUCGUUUCCACUCGCUUUAUGUAUCUUUACUCGGUCGAAAUCACGAGCCACAAACUAUCACUGUGCUCGCGUGUAUGCGUGUAUCUUUUCCAAUUGCGUAUUUUAACGGUUCCUUUCGCUAAACAUAGAAACAAAACAAAUACUACACGUUACUGUUAGAAAAAAUAAAGCACCACUCUUUAUUUCGAAUCGUGUAUGCAUUAAACCAAUCUUCCAGCUAGAACUGUGAAUACUACUUUAAUGAAAGGUAACUUAUAAAUAAUCGAGUAAAGUGACGUGAUUGUUGUUAAUUGAUAGUAGAGUAAAGGUGCGAUGAACAGGUAAAAGAAAAUAAUUAAACAAAUAAACACACACACACAAGCAAACACAUUUUUAGAAUAAAUCAAUGAAAAAAGAAACAAAUACACACAAAGUGUAAUGUGUUGAAGAAACGGAAACAGAACGAAAAUCAAACAAACAAAACGAAAAGUAAAUCACUAGAACGUAAUUAACAAACAACUUACAAUAGCGAGGCAAAGUAAUGCAAAGAAGCAGAAUUGGAAGCUCGUUGUCCAAUAUAAAAGAAAGUGGAAGAGACAGAGAAUACAAGAGGAUGGAAAACGAAAAAACAGCAUAGCGUAAGGAAACAAUUGUAAGGCUAAUAUCAAAUAUUGAUGGAUGUUAUAAACAUUAUUGUAAUACUUUUCAAUACAAAACCAACAAAGAGGAGAGGAAGGAAAA